UAUCGGUCUAUCACUUGUAAAACUUACAGAAAAUUAAAUCGAACUGAGUGAAUUAGGUAUUUACUUAUUAUUUCUAAGCAUUCAUAUAUAUCACUACUCAAAUAUAUUAAAAUUAGAAUAUAAUGAGAGCAUAUAGAUUGUUGAAGAAACUGACACCGUCCAGUGGUGGCGGUGACGAUUUCGAAAAGGCGAAAAAGUCCAUACGCUUGGCUAGAUAUGGCUGUACAAAUAGACCUUUUUACCACAUCGUAGUUGUACUGCAACGACGUGAUUGCAAAUCCCACCCGAUUGAACAGCUUGGUACAUAUGAUCCUAUGGAAAACCAUUAUGGAGAAAAAUUAGUCAGUUUCAAUUUGGAAAGGAUUAAAUACUGGAUGGCGAAAAAAGCACGCCUAUCCAGUCCAGUUGCUGAAUUAUUAGGUCUAUCUGGAUUCUUACCCAUACACCCUCAUACUUAUAUGACAGCUUGGAGGAAUAGGCAACACAGUAAAACUGAAAGCGAACAGAGUGAGACUGCGACUGCGGCCAAUUAAUGAAUAUUUAAUGUUAUACUAUAUUUGUUUUCUGGUUAUUUUGAAUAGUUGAACUGCCGUAAUGCUUGUAGUAUUAUAGCAAGUAAGUGCAUUUUUGCAAAAAGAAAUAAAAAUAUAAAAAAUUGUGUAAAUAUA